CUUUUUAUAAAAAAAAAAAAAAUUACAGUAAUGACACAAAAGAAUAUAUCAAAAGACGAAGCUGCUAUCUAUGAUCGUCAAAUCAGACUAUGGGGUUUAGAAGCACAACAAAGAAUCGGCAAUGCCAAUAUAUUAAUUGCUGGUUUACGUGCUAUCAGUAAUGAAGUGACUAAGAACCUUGUAUUGGCAGGUAUAGGUACUAUCACUUUAUUGGACCAUACUUUAGUGGAUAAAGCUGAAGUGGAUUCUCAAUUCUUCUUUGAUCAAACUCAUAUUGGUAUGAACAAAGCCGUGGCUACUUGUCCAGCAUUACAAACUCUGAAUCCACGUGUUCAAGUUAUAGUUGAUGAAGAAAACAUUCAAGAGAAACCAGAUACCUAUUUUGAAUCCUUUGAUAUUGUUUGUCUCUUCCAUUCUGAUAUUCAAUUAUUAAUCAGAAUUAAUGAAAUUAGGCGUAAUGUCAAGAAACCUUUUUAUGCUGCAGAUGCAUUUGGAUGGAUUGGAUACCUUUUUUGCGAUCUGGUGGAACAUACAUUUAUAGAAGAAAGAAGUAAACCACCUCCUCCAGGAAGCGAUAAAUCUCAAGAACCUAUUGUGACUCGAUCAACACAUACAGAAAUCUAUCAAAGUCUAGCUCAAUCAUUGGAAAAAAACUGGUCAAAUAUGUCAACAAAAGCUCUUAAGAAGAGGGUGACUCCUAUUGCGUUUUUAAUUCAAAUUUUAAUGAAAUAUCAAUUGAAAAAUGGACGAUAUCCUAAUGAUUUGGAUGUGGACAAAUUGAUAAAAGAAAAAGAUAUUUGGUUACAAGCUUUGGGUAUCAAUGAUGGUUCUGUUCUAGAUGAUUCUUUAUUAAAAGAACUUGGUUUAUAUCAGACAGAACUGGUUCCUGUGGCUGCUAUUGUUGGGGGAGUAUUAGCUCAAGAGGUGAUCAAAGUAUUAUCAGCAAAGGAACUUCCAGUACAAAAUUGGUUUUUUUAUAAUGGAAUUGAUGGUUCAGGUAUGAUACAUCAAUUGUAGAUUAUAUAUAUAUUAGAAAUAAAAAGAGAAAUAAAAUCAAUAGGAUUAUAAUAUUA